UCUUCCCCACCCACGUUCUCUUUUGCACACCCAAGGAAUAACUUCAUCUCCAAGUUCCCUCACUUUUUCCCUAUAAAGGCCUUUCCCUUUCAAACUCUCAACCCACCAAAAACCCUACUUGAUAGCCAUUGAUUUUGUCCAUUUUGGAAUGGUUAAGCUAACAAUAGUUGGAAGGGUAAGCGAUGGGCUUCCUCUAGCUCAAGGUCUUAGGUACCAAAAUGAUGAGGAGAAUGAGAAUUUCUUAUGUUACAAGCAACAAGCAGAGUUCAUCCUCAAAGAAAUCUCAAGAGGAGCCUUGUCACCUUCAAAGAUGACCAUCCACAUUGAUCAUUACCAUUGUUUCAACUACUUGGUUGAGAAUGGACAUUGCUUCAUCACAUUAUGCGAUUCUUCAUAUCCAAGAAAACUAGCUUUCCACUAUCUGCAAGAUUUGCAAAAGGAGUUUGAGAAGUUUGAUAUUGGCCUCAUGGAGAAAAUUACAAAACCAUACAGCUUUGUUAGAUUUGAUGGCAUUAUUGGGAAUAUUAGAAAGCAAUAUAUAGAUACAAGAACGCAGGCCAAUCUGUCGAAGCUAAAUGCUAAUCGUGGACAAGAUCUUGAUAUCAUUGCAAAACACAUGUCUGAAAUCAUACAAAAAGGACCAAAAUCAGAAAUCUCAGAAAGAAUGUCUGUGACUCCACGAACAGUUUCACCAAUAUGGAGUUCACCAUUUCUUAAGGUCAUUGCUUUGAAAUGGACAGCUAUCACCCUCAUUGUAGUUGUUGCUGUUAUUCUAUUAUGGGGCAGCUUAAUCCUUACAGAGAACUUCAGUUACGAGUUCAUAAAAUAGCUGAAACCUUAGGAUUUACAACAACAAAAUACGAUACAACGAUCUGCCAUGGGGCUUGUUUGUGAAGAAAGCUUCAUUUUCACAUUCACAUAAUCAUGAUCUGCAUGUUCAUCUAUCAAACAGAUUUAUCUUGCAUUCGAACUUUCUUGUAUUUGGUGUAGAGCAGGUAAAGCCUGGACAUGGUCAUACCGUAUUGAUAUCAAAAUUUCAAUGGUUUGAAUAUAUCAAGUAUAAGGUCAA